CGCCGGGCCUGCUCGAGCUGCCCCUCCGACUCCAAUCGUGCGCCUAGACCGCCAACAUCACAUCACCACUCCAAAACCACCGCUCCACUGUUUGCCUGUAGAGUGUCGUGGGCUCUUCAACAGAGCUCGCCAUUCCCCGUGCCAGACACACCGCCCUCCGUCCCUCCCUCUGGUCACGCGACCAGCCUCGAACCCUCAGCAUGUCGAAGCUCGACGACUCCACGCACUUCCACGAACUCACCGCCGCCGACCUGCCCGAGCUGCUCAAGAACGAUGUCAGCGUCAAAGUGGGCGGCGUCGACAUCGACGGCGUCAUCCGCGGCAAGCUCAUGUCCAAGAAGAAAUUCCUCUCCAUUGCCGAGUCGGGCUUUGGCUUCUGCUCCGUCAUCUUCGGCUGGGACAUGCACGACCAGACCUACUUUAAAGAGCUGAAGAUUAGUAGCUUGCAGAAUGGAUACCGCGAUAUUCUGGCCGAGGUGGAUUUGUCAUCGUACCGACGGCUGCCGUGGGAGAAUAAUGUGCCUUUUUUCCUCGUUAGCUUUCGCGAGCCGGAGGGCGAGAGUUUGAGCGCUUGUCCGAGGAGUCUGUUGGAGCGGACGGUCGCCAAGAUGGAGAAGAAGGGUGUAGGUGCUAUGGCUGGAGCCGAAUACGAGUUCUUUACUUUCCGCGCACCGCAGUCACACUCCGGAGAAUCCAACGAAAGGAAUUCAAGCGCGACCGCAUCAUUCUUGCAGAACAACCCUGCCACAAGCCUUCCUCAUCUUGAAGAAGGCAUGUUCGGCUAUAGUCUCACUCGCCCCGUGCACAACCAGGACUGGUACUACGGCAUCUUCUCCGCAGCCAGUCAGUUCCGAUGUAACAUCGAAGGCUGGCACACCGAGUCCGGCCCAGGCGUCUACGAAGCAGCACUAGAAUACGGCGAGAUCCGCGAAAUGGCCGACAAAGCCGCCCUCUUCAAACUCGUGGUGAAGAACAUGAGCUCCAAAUUCGGCAUCACGCCCUGCUUCAUGGCUAAGCCCCGCCCCGACCUGCCCGGCAACUCCGGUCACAUGCAUGUUUCCCUCACCGACCUGAAAACCAAAGCGAACCUCUUCGUCCGCGAGAAAGCAGACCCCAACGCCCCCUUUGACGACCUCAAACACGUCUCUGACAUCGGGCGUCAUUUCCUCGCCGGCGUGCUCGAUGGCUUGCAAGACGUCAUGCCCAUCGUCGCCCCCAACAUCAACAGCUACAAACGCCUCGUCGAAAACUUCUGGGCCCCCGUCAGCGUCUCCUGGGGCCUGGAGCACCGCGCCGCCUCCAUCCGUCUCAUCGCACCCCCAACCUGUCCACCCAAAGGCACGCGACUGGAAAUCCGCCUUCCAGGCGCAGACGCAAACCCGCAUCUUGUGCUGGCCACCAUUCUCGCGCUUGGCUACCGAGGCAUCGACAAGAAGUUGGAAGUCACCAUGCCGCCUUUGGGCAAGGGAGAGGAUGUAGCGACGUCGAUUGGCAAGGGCGAGCGAUUGGCGAAGAACCUCAAAGAGGCGACGGAGCGCUUCAAGGCGAAGGGGAGCGUGGCGCGCGAGGCGCUGGGGGAUGAUUUUGUUGAUCAUUAUGCGGGCACGAGAGAGCAUGAGGUGCAUCUGUGGGAUCAGGCUAUUACCGACUGGGAAGUAAGGCGGUACAUUGAGAUGGUGUGAUGUGGUUACGACUUGUCCUCAGAUCUGAGCCAUCUCUUCUACCUGAACCUCAAACCUCUCUGGCCCUAUUUUGAUGAGCCUCGAUACCAUCUUUGCCGCCGUUGAUAGCCACGUGAAAUGACAUUCCCCGUCCACU